AUGGACUCUCAACUCGAAGGCGGUUUUCUGAGAUUAGAAACAACUGGACUUUUUCUGCUGUUUCUCUGUACUCUAUACUUGCUCUAUCAUGUAACAUGUACUAUAUUCUUUAAUCCACUUUCUCGUCUACCAGGUCCCUGGAUAUCCUGCUGGACAGACGCUAUUCUGAAAUACCACUGGCUAAAAGGCACAAAAGCGCAAUACAUCCACCGCCUACAUCAGCGAUACGGCCCCGUGGUGCGAGUAGGCCCUCACGAGGUUGACAUUUCCGAUAUAACAGCCGUCAAGGAGAUCCAUCGCGUCAAAGAUGGCUACAGAAAAGCGCCAUUUUACGAGAAUCUUGUUCCCAAUACAAACAACCUCUUCAAUACCCUUGAUGUAGAGUUCCACCGUCACCAUCGACGUCUGCUGUCCUCGCCCCUCUCUGAAUCAUCGCUCAAGUCUGUGGAGCCAACAGUCAAUGAUUAUGUCAAGACAGCAAUUGCUAGUAUGAAGCGUGAAAUGGACGAACGCGGAACAGCGGAUGUAGCCAAGUUCUGGCUGUUUAUGGCCACGGAUAUAAUCGUGGAACUGAGCUUUGGGGAGUCAUUCGGCAUACUGAAACAUGGUAAAAAGAACCAGUAUAUCAAAGACCUAGAAGGUCUAGCAGCUAAAGGUUCGAUUCGAUCGACAUUCCCAACUCUCAUAUCAAUUGCGACUAAGCUCCCACUUCCUAUCUUCAAAGAAACUGCCGCUGCAGCGCAACGGAUCAGAGACUAUUCCGCCGAGGCUGUCGCACGCUACAAAAGAGAUUUCGCAAACAAUCCCGCAGCAGCUAAGCCCACGUUGUUCAGAAAGCUCUUUGAAGCUGGUGAAGCGGGUCUAUCAGAUGAUGAGAUUCGGGCUGAGGCGCAGGCUUAUAUUGUCGCUGGUUCUGAUACUACUGCAACGACAUUAACCUACCUCGUAUACUCCGUCUGCUGUCGUGGCGAUGUCCGGCAGAAGCUGGUCAAAGAGCUCAUGGAACUACCCGACGACUUUGGCCACAGUGACUUGCGCGAGCUUCUGCACUUGAACAACGUUGUUGAUGAGACGCUUCGACUAUAUGCAGCAGUUCCUUCAGCUCUUCCUAGGGUCGUGCCCGCUAGGGGCGCUCACCUUGCGGGCUACUUCAUUCCCGGUGACACUGUUGUUUCAACACAGGCCUGGACCUUACAUCGCGACCCAGAUGUAUUUCCCGACCCAGAGACUUGGGAUCCAGCACGUUGGGAGAAGGGUAGCAAGCUGAUGCACGAUGCAGUUAUGCCUUUUGGCGGAGGUUCAAGAGGUAUAUCUCUCACCUGCUGUUUCUUUUCCAGUCUUUACUAAUGGUUUUCAAGUCUGUAUCGGUAAACAUCUUGCACGAAUGGAGCUUCGUUUGGCUACCGCGAGAUUCUUCCGCGCUUUUCCAAAUGCCUGUAUUUCAUCAAUCGAAGGAAUGUCGCAAGAUGAUAUGGAGCUGCGUGCGUAUUUUCUUUUGACACCGAAAGGAGGAAGAUGUCUGAUCCAGCUGGAUUAAAAAAUUGGCCGA